AUGACAUCCGAGGAAUACGCACGCGUAAUGGGGAAUAGCUGGGCGACUCGGCUUUGGACGGUCCAAGAGCAUGUGUUAGCAACUAAGGUCAAAGUAGUGUGUGGUCAUGCCACUGCAGAAUUGAAGGGAUUCUCUAUAUUUUGCAUUGACGGGCUAAGGCCUUUGCAGUUGAUUAACGUCGUUGAAAUUUACGAAUGUCGCGAGUGGCAUCAGCGAUGGAAUGCUCGUGAUGUACUGCUUGACAUACGCCAAACUUAUCUCAAGGACAGAUGCUCUUUUAACUUUGAGCAGGACAUUGAAUCCAAGGUUGAAAUUCUGCUAUACGCUCCUGUCACUAGCCAGCUGAACAAUGCUUCUGAUCCAAAGGACAAGUUGUUUGCAAUGUACGGCCUCCUGGAAGGUAUUGUGUCUAGUCUUCCUCGCGUCAACUAUCUUGAGAGCAAAGAGAAGAUCUAUGAGGACUUCACCAGAAAUACCAUCACGUCGUUUGGACAUUUCUGGCCAUCGCUCCUAGAUGUUGGCAUGAUGAAUCUUCAAUCGUCCUUGUCGUCUUGGGUGUCUGAUCCGAGCUACCGACAGGAGAGCGAAUACGAGGCCAUGGAUGCGAUUUUGUACCAUUUUCGAAGCUCACAAAUCCGACCAUUACCCAUAGACCCAAAUUUAUGUUCGAUUCAAGAUUCAAAGCCUGGAGUGGUGAGUGUCCGCGGCUGCACACUUGGCAUCAUCAAUAAGAUUGGGCAGAAAUGGCCUGGACACAAUGAAUCUAUUAUUCUCGAUCUACAAUGUCUCCAAUCGUGGCAAGACUUUUUCCAUUUAAACACAAGAUUACCCAAUCCAAAUGCAAAUGGCGAGCACAAAUCAACGUCGUUUCUAAAGUUGAUAUCCUUUGGACGACCUUCCACGGAACUAGAAUCGUGGGAGUUGCAGGCUCCGAAAAUGAUGGAUUGGUUUCAAGAUCUGAACCUCUUGUCCGGCGCGUGUAACUUCAAAGAGGUAGAAGAGGAAAUCAUAACGGACGAGCGCAAGAGAAACUUCUUCAACAUGCCAAACUUAGCGAGAUCAGUCAUAUUCUCUGUUUCGGACGGCAAGAUUGGAACUACACGAGCUGAAAUUGCUAUAGGAGACUCUGUUGUUCUUCUAGCAAGCAGUAUACUACCCGUGUUGUUUCGCCCACAAGGAGAGCACUGGAGAUACGUCGGCCCUGCUUACAUCGACGGCGCGAUGGAUUGGAGGACGUGGAUUUGCAACAUCGAUUCGAGACAAUUAGAAAUAUUCUCGCCCAUUUAA